CUCACGUUGGCAGUGAGACCAGAGGCACUGGAAUGCCACCAUCGUUGCUCUGUGCUUUCUAGAGUGGUGACAAAAAACGCAGAGGCGAGAUGGGGUGCAGAUUCAGUAAAGAGAACUGGUGUUUCUCUCUGACCUGCUGUUUCUGCAUGACAGACCGCCCCGCCUGCUACUGGAUUGGAGGCGUUGGCUUGGUGUGGGGAGGGUUUGCUGCCAUAUUUGACUUCAUCUCGGCCCACCUUCCCCGCCUGUAUUGCACGCGAUGCAUCGACUACAAUCUUAAUCAUUACCUCAGUCUGACCGGCGGAGGGAUCAACACAGUCCAAUGGGUCACGAGCUGUUUCCUCAUUCAUGGGGCAAGGAAGGAGAUCAGGUGGAUGGUGGGCGUGUGGCUUGCGUGGGCGGCCGUGAGCAUCGGCAUGCAACUUCUGUGGUUCUGCAUCACCCUCCCCUACACCCCCUCCAUCAGGGGGUUCGCUUCCUUUUUCCAGCUGGUUUGGGGCAUCCACUAUUUCAUUGUGAUUAAGACGCACUUCACCAGGAUGUCACUCACAUUCACGCCCCCGGAGGAGCCGCUGAAACCCGUCCCGCCCAACUCCCCCGCGAGGAAACACCGUCGCCACAAGCGCAGGAUCGACCAGUCAUCCCAGCCGCCUAUCCGCACGCUUCUGGGGGCGGCCAUCAAGCUGCAGGGAGAAGUCCUGAAGAGACAGAAGGAGAGAGAGACUAUCGAGAUCCUGGCUGCCGUUUGAGCUUCAGCCAAUAGGCGCGAGGCCAGCAGACGAAGAAGAAGGGAAUGACGCAAGAGAAGAGGGCGACGAAGACGAUGAAGGAAGGAAAGAGGGAAUAGCAAGAGCCACAAGAAGCGGAAGCGGGCGAAGAAGGGGCGCAUCGACCAACGAAGAGGAAGCAUUCGAAACCGAUGGAAUGCAAGAGGAAAGAAAGAAGAGGAAGAAGAACAAAAAACGAAAAAGGCGUGAAAAGAAGAGACAGGAGGAGGAGGGGGAACAUGGAAAGAAAGCAGUGGCAAAGUGAAAGAGAGAAAGAAACAGGGAAGGAGAGGAAAGGACGAGAGAAAUGCCGGGCGGUCGAGGGAACAAGACGAAAUCGAAUACGAAGAUGGCGACAUCGAAGAAGGAAGAAAGCAAAGGAGGAAGAAACAUAAGCAAAGAAAAGAAGAAUCCACGAAAAAGAAGAAGAGAAGAGAAGAUGAAAACAAAAGAGAUACAAGAGAUGAAAGCACCGGAUCAGAGAACGUGAGAUCCCCGUACGACGAACAGAAGCAAGGCCACGUAGCAGUCAGUGUAGAGGACCCAAGUGGCACUCCUUCAGGCAAGAGGGAGAGCGGAGGGGCGUCGCAUCGAGGGAAAGGAAGACUGAGGAUCAGGCUAGACAGCUUGGAGAGCGCGGCUAUGAGGAUCAGGCGGAACAGCGAGGGAGCCAUGGGCGUGAGAAACAGGAGGAGUAGCGAAGGGAACGCGGGCGUGAGGACGAGGCGGAGCAGCGAGGGGAGCGUGGGCGUGAGGACGAGGCUGAGCAGCGAGGGGAGCGUGGGCGUGAGGUUCCGGCGCAACAGCGAGGACAGCGCGGGCGU